AUGGAUCGCCCAGUGGAGCCCAAGAUUCAGCUGGCGCCAGAGCACCCAUUAACGCCUGAGCACCCACAGUCAGCCAAGAGUAUUGCUUCUUCAAGUGACUGUGCAGUGCAGUCUGUUCUUCCUGUUAGUAUUCAGGCUAUUACAAAUGUGGAUUCUAUUCAACCUAAUUACCGUAUAUGCCAGCUUUUUGGUUAUAUUCAUCAGAAAUUAUCUCCAGGGGAGGUUACUUAUAUGUUGUGUGGAAACAGUGCUGUCAUUACUCAUUUCUCACCAAUGAGACUUGCUUGGAUAGCUAAUGAUUUUGCUUUCAUUCUGUUUUUAGGUGUCGACCGAUGUUCUGACAAACUUAUGUGUCAAGAUGGACGCUGCCUUUCACAUAACAGAUGCUGUCGAGAAAGGGAUCUCGCUCCUCCCAACUGCUCAAUCAUGGCCACUAUACAGUGUUGUCGACAGCUUGUUCACCCCUCUGUUCUUGACCAGGACUUGUAUUAUUUAGAAGCCCGUCGUCAUCACCAGCAGUGGAAACCACAGACUGAUUCGACACUUAUUAUGGGUUGCAUUGUGGCUAUAGCUAACAUAGUAACAGUUGGGAUUAUUGUGGGAGUACGCUACCACCUCUGGCGUUCCAGUGGAUCAACAUCACGUGCACACUACCACCUGACAAGAUUAAGGUCUGCUACCCUCCGUCCAUUUGGUUUGGGAUCCUCAGUUCCUCCCCCAUCAAACACAGACCAGUACCAGCUCAGGUCGGCUGACAAUCUCUACACAAGACGCAUCCCAGGACUACGAUCUGAUUUGCUUUCCCCUGAAAUCGUAAGGGAACAACGUCAUCACAGCUCUCACUCACCACACCAAUUUAGUGGAGGUGUUGUGUUGUGUCCUCCAACAGCCUCACAGCCACCUCACUAUUCCCAGCUACCUUCUAAUCCUACUGGCCCUCCUCCUGCCUAUCAUCAGGUUGUAGGAGCACCACCACCUCCUUAUUCUUCCCGCGAUGACUUAGCAGCUGGUUGCUCCAAUGACGGUUCCUCUUUGUCCCUCCUGUCUCCGCUUUUGAGUAACGGUAACAACAACAAUGGAGACAUCAACGGAAACAGCACAUCUCAUGUUUCGGUGCUGUAUGAUCGCAACCUCGUCCAUGCCGCCGCGUCCUCGUCGACGUCACCUCAUUGUUCAGUUUCUCAAAAUCGAAUGAAUAAGUAGGGUUGGUGCUUUUAUUACUGCUGUUAGUAAGUACAGUAUUUCAUAAGACAGCUCUUUUUAUAUUGUCAUAGAUCAGGAUAUGUGCUUAUUCAGUUGGACUCUGAUUUAAGGAAGUUUUGCUCUCAGAAUAUAUUGUAUAAAAAAGCAAGGCAUAAGACUUGAUCACCAGCAGAUUAUUGAGUCGGUGUAUGGAUAGGUAAGCAGGACAUGAUUUCUGAGAAUUUCUUUGUUGAUAAUUGCAAAAAGAUUGUACAAUACUGUAUUUUUAAUAGUUUCUAAAUACAUACAUAGUUUCCUAAAUUGCCAUUUACCUCAUAUGUCAUGACAGAUUACGCACAGUUUUAAAUGAAGUGCACAAUUCAAAUUUGGAACGGAAAUGCAGGUAGUACUUUAUUUUGUUUGACUAUUGCUCAUGGAAUUUAUAAAUUUUAUGUUGAGGUUGAAGUACUAUUGAUAUUACCUCUACUUCAAACAGCAGUACAGUAUUCUUUGUGGUAUAUUUUUACUUUGUACAAGAUUAUUAUGUGGUGUUGAAUAUUUAAAGGAUUUCAUCUUUGCUUUGUACAAGAUUAUUAUGUGGUGUUGAAUAUUUAAAGGAUUUCAUCUUUGAAGGUAUUUUUACUCAUUUUUUACAGUUAACUCACUUUUCCUCAGGAUGAGGUUCACAAGAUUAAAGCCGCUCAUUAUACAGACAUUGUUUUUGGCAGCUGCGAUAUCACCAUAUAUGUAUUCAGAAGGGUUUUUAGGCUUCUCAGUAUUUAUUCGCGGCUAACAAGGUAAGUGAAGACCACAAAGGAUAUUGUAUAUUUUAGAAUAUCGAGGAGAAUGUCUUUAUCACAAAUUCAAGGUUUUAUAAGUAAACAAGGUACAGGUCAUAGGUUUGUGAUGACUUGCAGAUAAAUGGUACAAUUUGUGAAGAUGCAAUAGGGUUGUAUGUUUUUCUAAGAGCUUCCACAUUCUUGUUUCUUUCAUUUUUUAAUGAAGAGAAUUAGGUUAAGAAAUCAAGCAGUCUCCAUAGGUUUUUAUUUAUUUUGAAUGAAAAUGAACUCUGACUCCUCUUGCCUGUUGUGACACAUUGGUAAAACUACUUGUAGCCAUAGUUGAAUCCACAGUAAGGUGUUGGACUGCAUAUCAUCUGUCUCAGAGUUCCCUUUAAAAAUAUGGCAUAAUUGUAGGGCUUCCUUAACUCAUCUGGAUUUUUACAUUGCAAUGACAAUCUUUCAAAAUAAAGAAGCAGUGUUUUUCCAUGAAGAAACCCUUUUUACGUAGUAAUAAAAAGACAGGACUGGUUUGGAAGCUCAUGCCAACAUGAGUCAUACUCAGGAACUUCCCAGGUGAAAGGGUGAUGGGUCUUGUUAUUGCUUUUGAGAUCUGAAGUUUUGCAUGAAAUUCAUAUAAGGAGAGGGCAAAGUUUUAACAAUAAAAUUUAUUAUGACUAAAAAUGAUUGGGUAUUUACGUAGGUGAAAAGUUGUACACUGGGUCUUUGAAUGGUAAAGUGGUAAGAAUUCUUUAGGAAACACGAUCAGUGAGGAGAGUUAAGAGUAUCUUUAUAGUAUUUUAUUACUUUAAGAUGAUAAUAAGUAUAUCAUUAUAUUGCUGGAUGCGUUCCAUUACUUCAGUCUUAUCCCAGAGUCCAAAUGUGUUAUUACUAAAAGUGUAGAAAACAAUUUACUACUUAUUAAGGCAUACAAUCACUAGAAGUUGCAUAUACGUAAGGUUGUGAAAUGUAUAGUUGGUGUACAGUAGUAGUACUGGUACUGUAGUUGAGUUGAAUUUGGUGCUUUGAGGUUGAAAUUUUAUAGCCAUUGAAUUUGAAUGAUGAGAUUGUCAGUAUAAGAUUUACUCUUUGUACUCAGGUUGGUUACUAAAUUUUAGAUGAAUGCUUUAUGAGAUAAUAUGUAUAUGCUAGUUGUUUAAAAUUGAGAAAUAAGCUGAAAACACAAAUGAUAGUCUAUUAUAAACAUUAGUAUUGAAGUUUUGUCAUUCAAAAUGCCUUACAUAAUUUACAGUGGCUUGAAUGUCCUCACUAAUGUUUGAAUUUACUCUUUGUGAAACAAAUUCAGUGACAAAAGGAUGAUCAGAUUUAUGAUUAUUUCUCUUGGAAUGUAGUUUCUAAUGAUUAAUAUUUAAUAGUGCAAAAGAUUAAACAUUAUAUUGUUAAAAAGGCUUUCAAGUUAAAAAGGCUUUGAAAAGUUAUGAUAUAGAAGUCAUCGGUUACACAGCUUCCUAGAAUGUAUAGUAUAAGUAAACCUUUUGCUCUUAGGAAGACUUACGUAGCCAUUCAUGCAUUGGAUUUCAUUAUCUUGAGAUAUAGAAUUAGUACUCUUGUCACUGUGGUGGUAUCAUUUUCUUGGUUUUAAGGAUAUUUAAAGAUAGGUAUAGUUAAAAUUCAAUCAGGUAUUCUAGCCUUUCUAACAUCAUGAUCAUUGGUAUUAAAAGCCGUUGAAAAAUUUACUGACACACUCAUCGUUUAUGUUUCGUUACAUGUCAUUUGUGCUUUCAGCUGGAGAUGUAGAAGAAUGGAGGGAGAAGUUUUUAAAUUUUUAAUAGAAGGUAUCUUCUAUUUAGCCCGGAAUAGAAAAGUGUAAUGUGUAAUGUAUUUGGAGAAUAAAAUGGAAGGAAUUUGUUAUGGAUAGUAGUAGUUACUUAGAGUAAAUUGUAUAUGAGUAUUGUUGUAUAUGUGCUAUAAAGAUUAUUGCUAAAUUUAUUGUCAAGGUUUAAUUGGUGUGUAGCCAUCAUGCACCAUUAUGUUCUGACUGAGAUACCAUUGUAUGUAAGUGUAUGUAUCAAAGUACUUUUGUCAUGAAUAUACAAAGUGUCUGGUUUUAUGUAAACCAUUAUGUAAGUUUAGUCAUGGAAAGAAAAAAUGCAAAAAAAAAAAAAGUUAUGCAACAAUAAAGUUGUAAGCAUUCAUGUACCGUGACAGCUUGGAGGCUCAUUGACUCCAUAGAUCCCUUAGGCUCCCUUCCUGCUUGCUCUAUACCAGUGAAUGAUGAGAAAUCUCUCAAGAAUGUGGCAGCAGUCCAUCUGAAUGUUAGGAGAGAUUCAGAACCUUUAUCUUGAGGUAUUGUACUCGCAAAGGAAUAAGUACAGGAAACCGUGUUUAAGAUUCCAUUUGUUAGCCUUUUCCUGCAAAAAUAUAUUUUGUAAAAUGCUGAGUAGGAUUUUGCCAGCAUUCUGUGCUUUGAAUGCUGUGCUGAUGUAUGUGUUCAUAUAAUGAGAAUAUGGUAAGACUAAUUCAUAUUUUGAUAGGUUAAGCAUUCAGUUGAUGCGAAGGCCCUAUUAACUGGAACAGUCUCCCAUACUAUAGUUUGUGAUGUUUUGAUGAGGCAUCUUUGCAUUUGUUGAAAUGUUAUUAUGUAUAAUGUAAGCUAUGUAUGUGUAUAAAGGUACUCUUUAGCAGAUGCUUUAUCUAUAGUCAACCAAGCCUUCCUUCGUAGGGAUUUACUAAGCCCAAACCAAUGAGGGAUUUUCAGAAACCAGGAAGUGCAGCAGGUUUGCAGAACAGUUAAAGCAUCUUUAUUGUGUGAGGUGCCAUGCAUACUUGAUUGUCAUUUGUGUACAGUAGAAGAGGCAGUGUAGUGGCCUACCGGAGUCCAUCCAAUGUUGCAGCUAGUUUUCAUCCGUAUGAUUGGGUUGCGGCAGUCAUAUUAGCCAUCAGUAUCUGUAUGGUUUUAUGAUAGAUAUAUUCCUUGUAUACUUAGAUUACAGUAUCUUUGUCACUUUUCAUUGGCUAUCAGAUGUAAGGAAAUCUUCCUCUGUAAACAGCUGUGAUUGCCAAUCACCCACAGUAAAUAAUAUGCAGUUGUCUGAGCUAUAGUCCUUGAGUGCACAAAGUCUGCACAGAAUGCAGGUCAACACUAGCAGUUGUACAUAUCUAAUGUGAAUAUUCAAGCUACAACCAAAAGAGAUGUCAAGUUUUGAAAAUCAUUAAGGAAAUUCUAUCAGAAUUAUUAUCAUUUUCAAUUCCUUCAGUAAUAAUGAAAAUAGCUGUCCAAUAAAGUUAAUUUUGUGAAUACUGGUACCACUGAAAUACAAAAGUACUGGCUGUUUCAUUUAUACGUCACCAUUGUGUGGUUCCACAAGAGUUACUAGGUAACCAUCACUAUCAUAUCAGAUUUUCAGUUGAAAAAGGUCACAAAAAAAAUGUAUACUGACGAUAAAGUAUUUCUUACUUGGUCUUAAAAAUUUGAAUUGAGAACAUAGAAUUUACUAUAUGCAUUGGAGUUCUUAUGUUCUUGGGAACAUAGAAUUUACUAUAUGCAUUGGAGUUCUUAUGUUCAUGGGUGUUAGAUUCAUGAGUUGAUAAUAUUAUCAGUUUAUAUUCAUACCAUAAUACGUUAAAGCAAAAAAGCAUUACGUGGAUAAUAAAGAUGAAAUAAUCUUGUACUAAUCUUUGAAGAGUAAUAAAAAUCCUGAUAGUAUAUGCUAUACUAUUCCAUACUGAUUGGCUGAACAGGUGCACUGCACAAGUAGAUAUUUAAAACUCGUGACAGAUCCUUCCACUCUGGAUCUCAGAGUUUGCCCUUUUUGAACACUGCACAACAAAUACUAUAAGGCAGUUCAACUACCUGAAUGAUAAAGUAGAUAUUAUUUAUUUUUUUUAUUAUUUUUUUUUUUUGAAGCAGAUGCACCGCCUUGUUAUUUGCAUAUGGGAACUAUAUCCUGGAAGACAUUUCUGUGAGAUAUUUAAUUAUUUAUCACAAAUUGUAGGAAUUAUGCACAAAUUAGAGAUACAGUAUUGCAUACCCUUGGAAUUUGUUUGUUUUUUACCAUUGAAUAGGUAAAUUCUAUAGAUCAGUUUUACAGUAAGCAUCAUGUAGAUGCAUUUGGCUCCAUUUUUACUUGCCACAAAUGCCCUGUGUAUCUUAUUUAGUUCUGUCAGUGCCCUGUUUAUGAGAUUUAGUUCUGGCAGUUGUGUUUUGACUCCUUAAGAUUUUUGAAAUAUCCAGAAACUGUUUGUGAUAGCCAUGUAGUGAUCAGCUUGUAAUCACUUUGUGAUCUUAGAGCUCAGUGCACAAGGGAAGAUUUUGAAAAAUUAUUUGGAAACAGAUACAUAGUCCCUAGAAGACUUCAAUGCAUUUAUGGUGUUUUUCUCCACACAUUUUCAAUGCUUCUCAGUUGAACAUUGAAUACCUGUAAUUGUGGUUCAUCCUGUAUUUUACCAAUUACAUUUCCUGUGUAAAGAAAGUUGAAAAUGGAGAUGUUAUAUAAUGAAGGUAAUUUGAGUAUUAUUAUUAUUGUUAUUCAGUACAUGGAGCCUGUGGGCCAUUGACUUGGAAUUCAAACUUCCAAAGAAUAUGGUGUUCAUCAAGAAGUAAGAGAUCCCACUUAUUAAAACAGAAAAAACAAAGUUUAGUAUUUCAUUAAUCAUUGAAAAUAUAUGUAGUUACACUUAUUUACUUGAAUAUAUAUUUUAGCCUUUUGUUAUAGUGGAGCUAUUCUGAGUUUUUUUUUUUACUUACUGCUUGAUCCUUUAUUUCAAACUUGUGUUGUUAUUGUUGCACCUAUCAUAGACCAUUUUCAUUCCAUUUAUAUUGCUCAAGAUUAGUUGUCUUGGACAAAGCUCUCUGAUUCUCUCAGACUGAUAAUGCCAGCAAGUAAAACUCAUAUUCAUCUUUCUUAUUUGAUUUUUAGAUAAUGUGAGGCUUGAGUAAAUAUAGAAACGUAUAAGAAGUCUCAGGUGAAUUUUUGAAGGCGUAGUGGGAACUGCUCCAUGACAAGACUGCAUUGAGGGUAGUCAUGUUUUUAUAUAUUCAAGGGACUACAGACUCGCAUUAUGAUUUUGUUAAUGCUCAUAAGAAUACAAAUAUCUUUUCAUUGAUGAAUUAUAACUAAUGUGAUGUUCAUAUCUUGGAGAUAUAAACGGGAUUAGAUGUGAAUCUUAUAUGUUAUUCUCCAUAAAGAUGCAUCUUUUAACCUUAGAGAAAAGCACGAGGUAAUUACUGCAGAAAAUAAAUGCAGGUUGAAAUCAUUUCCUCCUAGAGUAUAUAGUCAUGUUCUUGUGUGUUUCCAACCUUUUGUCCUGUAGUGCCAAAUCUCUCUGAUAUGGUUUUAUUUUUGUGUAAUGCUGACUUAUAAUACAACUUCUUUAUUUGCAAAGCACAGCUUUGUAUGUUAUCAGAAAAUAGUGACGCGCUAGUAAUUGGCCUUAAAAGUGUUUUGAAAGGAAAGAUCUGGAAGACUUUGCUUAAUAUUGCUAGAUUGAGUUUAUAGAUUGCUGUAAAUGUUUAAAGGUAGUGAACUGAAGAAGUAUCCAGAAAAGUAAAUAGUAUAGCUAAGAAAAUAUCAUAUACACACUAGUGUAAAUUGUCAUAGUGUUAAAAAAAGUUUGGAGUUUUACAUACAUGUAAGCUGCAUCCAAUGAUUAUUUGUUCUGUUUUAUAGUAUUAGUUCAUGGAAAUCUAAGGUCUGAAAGAAAAAAGUAGAUCUGCUGUAUUUAAGAGAUUAUUUGGAGACCAAACAUUAUUAAUAAAAUGAUCAAGAUAGUAAGUGAACAAAGGAUUUCAAUUUGUCAAAGCCUAUAGCAUCAGAUUUUUAUAGUUCAUUUAAAAUGGAUUGCACUGCAUUUGCUUGCAUUAUUUGUUGUGGAUAGGUUUUCACAUUUACUUUUUCCUUUGACAUUUUAAGUUUUAACCAUAAUUAUCUUAUAAUCUUAUUAAUUAUUCAUAAGUACAGUACAGUAUUUCCACAAGCAUUGUGCAUGCUACAACCCCUUAUACAGAGCUCUAUGUUGAUGACAGGAAUAUGAUCUGUGAAGUUCCAGUCUAUUGAAGUCUUCCUUAGUCUUAUGUAAGCAAAAAGUAAUUUUAGUUAUAUUAGGGCCAACAUUACUGAUAGAGAAUCAUCCAGUACUUUCCCAUGAUUCCCUGGGAAAUAAUGCAGCAUCUGUACACACUACUUUACUUGUACUGUACUGUAUAGGUAAUAUGAACAUAUGCCAUUGCAACUCUCCCUGAAUGUAGUGGUCACUUUUCUUUAUACCAAAUUAGAUAUUACCAAGUUUUGAAUGUCCUGUGUUGCAGGCUUAAAAUGAAUGUCUGAAAUGUUACCAUAUGUGGAAGUGGCACACCAAAAUAUUAAAAGUUAAGUAUGAACAGACUGGUAGCUUUCAAUUAAUAUUCAUUGACAAUUUCAUGUCUUUCAAGAGAAAAUUAUGUAUCUUGAGACAACUUUCCAGUGUCUCAUUUGCCACAUAACAACUACGUAUUGAUGGUACAUAUCCUAUACUGGCAGCUAAGAGUUAGGGUAGCCCCCAUGAUCUUCUAUCAGCAUCCACAUCUAUGUCCUCUUUUACAGCCAUUUAUUCAUUAUCUCCAUAAGAUAUGAACAAUCCUGUUAGCUGUAAUUGUAGUAUGUAAAUUCCUAACCUUUAUUGCAAAAGAAAUGUGACUGUGUUGACUUCUCAAACCUGGAUUUGGUUACGGACCAAAACUUUUUUUCCGUUAAGCAUGACAGAAGGUAUUUAUUUGCCUUCUGCAUUACCCACAUGAUUACAAAGAUAUAUAUAUAUAUAUAUUCUAGAACCUAAGGUAUUGUGCACAACAGGUGUGCUUUUACAUAAAAAAAAGUUAUAUUUUAUUAGCAAAUAAAAACUUUGUUAAGAACUUUGAAUUAGGUUUUUUAUGUUUUCAAGAGUUACUGAGAAGUACAGUAUUACGUAUAUAUUUAGCAGCCUUGUGCCAAAUUAUUGACAAAUUGUAACUUCAUGAUAUUAGAAUACAUGUUGUAUGUACAUAAAUAAUUCUGUUGUUUUGUGAUAAUUGUCCAUUUUUGUUUUACUAAUAUUGAAAUACAAAUAUGAUUUAG